AUGCCACCCAAGAAGAGGAACUCCUUCACUCGUUUCAAGAAGGGAUUCAAGCCCAGAAGCAGGUCCACCUCUCCCAUUCCACCACAAGUGUCUCCUCUGCCACCACCGUCUGCAGCAUCAAUUCCAUCCGCCAGGAGCCGCUCAAGAACUCCACCACCUGGAACUCUUCUCAACCGUCACCAACCACGUCCUGCCUCCCAAGGUCCUGCAGAUAUCACACCUCGCAGAGAAGCAACCAAGCGCAAGGGGAUAUCGCCUAUGGUUGAGCAAUCUUCUCCCGUCAUUGAAGAGCACCUUCGUCAACUCCAGCAACAGCGUCCACAACAAGAGCUUUGGGAGAGGAUUGGAGCUGUUGAAACUAAAGAAGUGCAAGUCGAUGAUGUAUCUGCCGCUGAUGAAGCUUCCACCGACAUUGGUUCGGAAGAUGAGCUUGAGUCGCUUGGAUCUUGGGAUGAUUGUUCUAUCCCUGAUGAUGAGUCGCAAGAUGAAGGCGACGACUUGAUUGAUGAAGCUUUAGAUGAGCUGGCGCAAGAAGAUCUUAUUGACUGGGAGGUUGCACGCCACAUUGCCAUUGCCUUUAUUUUUGUCCACGUCUUUUGUUGUCCUGAUGAGUCUGAAUGGGAUGGUCGGAAUGGAGUGCAUUCCCAAAUCAGGAAGAUGCUAAGCAUUCCAAAGGGAACUUCCAUCCGUUAUGUCUUUGAAGACAUUACCAAGUGUCAGACUGCAGGGACGAAGUAUCGUGGUCGUCGUCAAGCCCUUGGAGAGACCCGGCCUGUCAACAUUCCCAACGACUCGGUGGAAGCCCAGAUUGUCGCUGAUGUUUUGGAGGAUGGAUUCACGACUCAAGCCCUUGGUCAAGCCCAUCAAGCGUCUCAAGCAAGGGAGCACCGACAAGGAGUCUGCUUGGGCUCAAGCUCGCUACAAUUGGUCGAUCCAACUCAUCAUUCGACUUGGAUUGAGUGCUAA